CUCCUCAACAAGCUACUGCUCGAGAUAAGUUAUCUAAGUUAGUUAAAAUAUCAUCUACACCAUUAUUGGAUCUAAUAGUGCAACGUACUAGAGGGUGGCUAGUUGGAUCAUAUAACAAGCCUCAAUCUUCUACCAGGAGAGAUCCAUCAGCAUUCGAAUUAAAUGAAACUAAUAUAAAUG